GGGGUUCAACGCAACGUGGCAUGUCCAGACAUCCAAAUAAAAUGAAACAUGUAAACAUGGAAAUGGAUACAGUUAUCUUUCACAGACACAAAAUAUCGCAAAUGAUAGAUAUAGAGACAUGAUUGAAAUUAUGUGGCAGAUGAACCUUGACUGCGACUCGCUGGGUGGAAGCGCUUUGAACAGAUGUGAACUGUACUGAAGCAUUCUCCUCUCAACAUAAAGAGUGGUCAUCAUGGACCCCAGAAGUCCCCACUGGACCGAGCCAGGCCCUGGUCGUCACCCACAGAGACCCAGGGAGAGAGAGGACUACCAUAGGCCUGCUCACCCUCUCCAGGGGACUGGACCUGGGCACUACCCACCACCACCGGACCCCAGGGAGAGAGAGGACUACCAUAGGCCUGCUCACCCUCUCCAGGGGACUGGACCCCGGCACUACCCACCACCACCGGACCCCAGAGAGAGAGAGGACUACCAUAGGCCUGCUCACCCUCUCCAGGGGAUUGGACCCGGGAACUACCCACCACCACCGGACCCCAGGGAGAGAGAGGACUACCAUAGGCCUGCUCACCCUCACCAGGGGACUGGACCCGGGCACUACCCACCACCACCGGGCCCAAGGGAGAGAGAGGACUACCAUAGGCCUGCUCACCCUCACCAGGGGACUGGACCCGGGCACUACCCACCACCACCGGACCCCAGGGAGAGAGAGGACUACCAUAGGCCUGCUCACCCUCACCAGGGGACUGGACCAGGGCACUACUCACCACCACCGGACCCCAGGGAGAGGGAGAGGCAGUGGUCCCACCAGGACCCUCGCUACAGGGUCUACCUCACCAGCCCUCCCCCUUCCAGACCACCUCUAGAGUUCUCUCUCAGCUCUUACAGCACUCCCCACUCCAGAACAGCUUACGACAGACCCCAUUCCACGAUGAGUUACAUCAGACCAGAGCCACAACACUCCAGACCCCACUCAAGGCAAGCAUAUGACUACCCACCCCAGAUUCACUGGGACCAUAGUCAGGACUAUGGCUACUAUGACCAGGGCUAUUACAAAGGACAUUACCCAGAUGCAGGUCAAUGGCCUCCCCAGGAACAGUGGAGAUCUGACCAGUAUCAGGAGAGGAGAUAUGAGCAGGACCAGACUGGCAGUGGCUACCCAGAACAACAAAGGUAUGACCAGCGAAGAGCGAGCUCUCAGCAUGACUUCAGAGGCUCUGAUGAAGAUCGCUCUAAAGAGAAUGGGGAUGCUGGUAGAGAUGACUGCUCUUAUGCCGAAGGGGCUCUGGCCAUCUCCAAGGCCUCAGGCUUGUCCUCCAGUAGCUAUGAGUUGAGCCAGUACAUCAACGGUGCUGAACAGACUGACCCUGUCCCACAAACCACCUGGAGUACAGCAGACACAGAGUAUGCAGCUAUUCCCCAGAUGACUGCCCCUCUGAAAUACACUUUGCCCCAUGCUCUGGUCAGCUUUGGUCCAGCAGGACAGUUGAUCCGGGUCAGUCCUGGUCUGGCCAUGCAGGGAGACCCAGGGAAGGUGGAACUACACAGUCUGGAGAUCAUUCUGGGGGAAACACAGGAGCAGCAGGACAUGAGAGAAUUUCCUGGGCCACUGGCUAGGGAAGACCUGCACAAAGUAGAUGCCAUCUCUUUUGCCCACCAGAAGGCAGAAGCCUGCAUGAAAGAUGAAAAGCUACAAGACAGGGGCUCUGCCGCCCUCCUUUGGAAUCUACUGGUACUGCUGUGCAGACAGAAUGGACGUAUCGUUGGUUCAGACAUAGCAGAGCUGCUGAUGAGGAACUCUCAGGGCCAUGGUGGUUCAGGGGGAAGUGAAUCAGAGGCCCCUACACUCAUAGACCUGAGUGAGGGCCCCAGUCCUGAGACAGACCCCUUGGAUGGAGCAGAUCUGUUGACAGGGACAGCCACUAGUGUUGGUACGGCUGAGUCCACAGAGAAGGACAUGCAGGGAUACACCAAGCUUCUCCUGGCUGGACGGAAGAAGGAGGCCCUCGAGUCGGCCAUGAAGAGUGGACUGUGGGGCCACGCCCUGUUCCUGGCCAGCAAGAUGGACAACAGGUCCUAUACCACUGUGUUGAACAGGUUUACAGGCCAGCUAGCUCCCAACGACCCCCUACAGACCCUGUUUCAAAUACUCUCUGGAAGGAUCCCUGCUGUUUCCACGUGUUGUGGAAGUGACAAAUGGAGAGACUGGGAGCCUCACCUGGCCGUCAUGCUGUCCAAUGAGACGGGAGAUCCAAUCGGGCACCAGAAGAGCAUCAUUACCAUGGGAGACACGCUAGCCUCCAGAGGGCUGUUACAUGCUGCUCAUAUCUGCUAUCUGACAGCUUACGCUCCUUUUGGCGUCUACACAGCCAAGACCGAAAGACUGGUGCUUCUGGGCAACUGCAACAGUCUGCCAUUCAAAGAGUUUGCUCAGAAUUCUGCCAUUCAGUGCACAGAGUUAUUCGAGUACUGCCAGAGACUUGGAGAUAAAUUCUUCUGUAUCCCCCCCUUCCAGGUGUAUAAGUUCCUGUAUGCGUGUCGUCUGCUGGAUGCUGGGCUGGCAUCCCAGGCCUUCCACUACUGUGAGGUGAUAGGGAUGUCUUUACUCAGACUGCAGGAGCCCAGCAUGGUGCUGCUGGGGGAGCUUAUCAAGCUGGCAGAGCAGCUGAAGCAGUGUGAGGGAAUGGGACAGCUCAGUGACACAGCUGACGACAGGCCUGGACAGGAGCCUGACUGGCUACAGCAGCUGAGAUACAGACAGCAGGGCAUACAGAUGGGGAGCAGUGGUUUUAGUGAUGCAUACCAGUCACCAGCAGACUGGAGUCCAUUGGCCCAUGAGGAGAGCACAGUGUAUUCAGAAUCAGACACCAGUGACCUUUCUGCAAGGGGAGAUGACCAGGGACUGGAUGCUAAAUUCCUCUCCUACAAAGCAGCAGAAGAGCAACAACAACAGCACGUGCAGGCACAGCAGAUCAACACCCAGCCUCUGCUGCCAGUCAUGGCUUCUAACACUCAGCCUGCAGUGCCACUUGUGGUGGGAGGCCAGGACCACAGUUACCACUACACAGACACUGGCCAGCUUCCGCCUCAGCCUCAGCCUUCACCUCAGCAUCCUACACUGGACUGUCCUGCUUCAGCAGGGGAAGGGGCUGAUCCUUCUGCUGGCCCAGGCAUGAGCAUCAAGUCAGGGUGGUUUAGCGGCUGGUUCAAACACAAACCCAAAGAGGAGCAAAGUGAGGCGUCUCAGGAUGCAGACUCAGCUGACCCAGUUCCCACUAUGGAGACGCCUCCCACUUCCCUAUUUUCUUUCCCUCCCACUACCAACAUCCCUGCAGCCAAUUUUCCUACCCAGCCUGCAUCUACUGGUAUCAACGCCUUUUCUCGGAAAGCGGAUUUUUAAUUCCCCACUCCAGAGCAAUGGUGGAUGUUUUUGUGGGAUAUUUGUAGUGCUCCCGGUAUAUUGUUUCCUGUCGGGCUGCUCUUGAACCAGACAUAUUCAUGCUGAAUGACAACUGUAUGCUUGUCUAGGCUAACAUGAAGUGAGGAAUUUUGACUGUUGCUUCUUUUGUAAUGAAAUACCCAACAUGCUCUGGCAUAUAGUGAUAGUGCUUCCAUUGAUAGUGUUAGUGCCUCGAGUGUUAGUGCCAUUGAGUGAUAGAGAACACCAUUGAGUGAUUGUCUGAACUUUGGUCUGCUGUGGAAUCCUUUCAGUAGUCUUUAAACAACAGAAUGAGUACAACAGAGAAAUACAAAUGGUUUAUAACAAUG